AUGUGCCAUGGCCUUGGGCUGUCAGAUGGCAAGGGAACUGAAAGGUUGUGGUCAAGACUUGUUCGGCUGAUAGGAAUCCAGCAUUCUUCCUCACAUCAGCGUAGACUGUGGUUGCUUGAUCAACAAGCAGCUGCUAUUGGACUUGAAAUGUGUACAGAUCUAGGAGAUUGGAUUAAGCGUCGACUUAAAUGUGGGGUUGGCGAGCAAGGCACAGCAGCGCAGAGCGUGCUUGAGGAAUAUGAUACACUUGAGGCACUCGACAGCCUUGAACGGGGUCAUCAACAUCUCAUGGCCAAAGUUGAGGUGUUAUAUGCAUCGCUGAAUGUUCAUGACCAGUUUCCAGAGUUGAAAGGUGUGAACCUUGACUUUGUUUGGACACUUCUUUUAGCACGGGACAUCAAGAUCAAUAUUCGCAAACGUGCUAUUGGGAGCUUCUUUGAAUGGGAUAAGUUGGAUCGUGCAGUGGGUGGUGCACAACAGGCACUGGCCUUGAUGACUGCACUCCACAAGUUCAAUGCAUAUUGUGAGCGCCUCGAGGAGCUCUAUGACCCAACCUACAGCAUCCCGCUUCCAAUGCCACUUCCAACCAAGCUCAAUGAUCUACGUAAUGAUCAAUCUUUGAUGGAAGAUGUAUGGAUCACCCCUUCGACAGGUGAUGUUCCUCGUUGGCUAGAGGACCAAGAUAUCUGUGAUGGAAUUCGUGCGAUGUUGAAGAGAGAUAGAUGUAUUGAAGAGAAGCAGCGUCUUGGAUUGGAGGCAGACAAUCUCUGCAGAUGGUUUGGCAAUGAGCUUUCAGCAAUAGAACUUGCUCUUUUGACACCCGGUAAUGAAAUUUUCCUAGUCCCACUUCGCCAGCGGCAGGAGCAUCUUCAGCAUCUUCAAACCCGUUGGACAAGCUCACUUGCACCUGCAGCACGAUUCACAUCUUGCGCAACGGAUGCCAUAUCCCUAGCUCAAAAACUAUCAGGUGUUUUUGAAGCUUACAUAAUCAAGUUACCUUUUCACCAGUUCUACUAUGAGUCUGAGUAUUCAGCAAGUUCUGCAAGACCCAACAUUGUUCAGACUCACCAUCUGAAUUGUUGUACCUUCACCGAAGAUGCUGUCCUUGUGGACAUUCUGACUGGUGGAGUCACUGGAGGUGAGGAUGAUAAUGUCGACACUAUCAUGAAUGAACCUAAGGCCGACCUUUGCUGGCAAUCCCCUGAGGUAGCAUUUAUUUUUCUGAUGUUCACGCUGUAA